AUGUCUGCACCGUCCCCGGGAAAUCCAGUCCAACCAAGGCGCUCUGCCUUGAAGAUGGACGGUGACGGCGAGAGGGCACCCCCUUCAAGUGCGCCAGUCAAAGGUUGGUACUUUCCCUUCCUACUCGUCACCCCCCCAGCCGUCUGUUUUACGCCCUCAGCUAGCGCGUGGCAGAAUUGGCAAGAAGCCAUCUCUCAUUUGCCCAAGCCCAUUCGUGUGGCACUUGAAACGCGCAGUCUUAUCGCCCAGGAAACACAACCUGCUCCGGCCAUCCCAAUCGCUGAGCCCCAGUCCUCAUCAUCUCCCGACGAGUCACAGGUGAAGAAGCAAUUUUCUGCGGGUGUUGCCAAGCGGCUCAGUGGACGGCCUCCUCUAUCUACUACCCCUUCGCGGUCUUCUACCCUCAGUCAGUUUAGCAUGGAAAGCGGUCCUGAUUCUGCACCCGUUACCCCCGCCGCCUCUGCCGAAGAUCCCCAGAGCCACCAACCCCAUUCUCAUCACCGUCACCGGCUGGAUCUGGGCACCGAGCGGCUCUUAUCCCAGGUGGCAGAGUGGCUCGAACGGGAGAAGACUAAGAAGAAGAACCAGGGGUCCCGGAGGCCCCAUUUACGGCGGAGAUCACCCCCCAGCAAUGUCGACAUUCCAACCCCAGCCCCUGGUAGAGCCCGAGCCGACUCCAUUGAGUCUGACUCGAGCGAAGUGUCCCUCGACCGGCUGCAGAGAAUCCUGGACGACAACGCGGCCGCCCUGGGCUUGAAUUCCCUCUCACAGCUCGUCUCACGUUUUGGGCGGAGACACCGGAGGAAAUCGUCGAGUAAAACUUUCGCCCGGACCGCGUCGUCCGACACCGAGUGGUUCGACGGCGAUGUCGUGGUCCCAGGAUGCGAUGCCGUGCUCGACAACUCCAAAACUCUUGCUUAUACCGGUGGCAAAGCCGGCGCCGACGAUUCUGCCUCCAUCUCGAGCCGCAAAGAGGAGAAGGAAAGGCAGAACUGGACCGCGUUCAAGAACGAGAUCAUCCGUCUGGCGCACACCCUACGGCUCAAAGGCUGGAAGCGCGUUCCGCUAGAUAGCGGCGAGAGCAUCUCGGUUGAACGCCUUAGCGGGGCCUUGACCAACGCUGUCUACGUGGUUUCGCCGCCCUCCGACUCCCUUUUACCCCGGGAACCCGGCAAGAAACAACCGGGCAAGGUACUGCUGAGAAUCAUACGGGCCCCAAGUGGAGCAUCUGAUCGACCGAGAGAACGAGCUGAGGCAGUGCUUAGGCGGCUCGCCCGCAAGAAGAUCGGCCCUCGGCUCCUGGGGACGUUCCAGAAUGGUAGGUUCGAACAGUACCUGAAUGCCACCGCACUCACCCCGGGGAGCAUGCGGGAGCCCGAAACAUCCAGGCAGAUUGCCAAACGAAUGCGGGAGCUGCACGACGGAGUUGAGCUGCUUAGCGAGGAGAGGGACCAGGGGCCGGGGGUGUGGAAGAACUGGGACAAGUGGCUCAGCCAGGUCGAGAAGACAGUCUUGUUCCUCGAUAGACAGAUUCUUUCCAAUUCCCAGAGCCUGCCAGCCGCGCAUGGCUUCGUCUGUGGCGUGCAGUGGCCCGUCUUCAAAGCCCUCGUAGACAAGUACCGCCGCCAUCUAGAAGCCCAUUACGGUAACGCCAAAAACAUGCGCGACAAGCUCGUUUUUGCCCACAACGAUGUAAGCUCCUCUCAUCUUCGUCGCCGCUCGAACCACCCGCCUAACCCAGUGCCUCCACAGACCCAAUAUGGCAACAUUCUCCGCGUGCGGCCCGAUGACCAGAAAUCACCGCUCCUCCAGCCCGCCAACGAACACAAGCAGCUCGUCGUCAUCGACUUUCGAGUACGCCGCCGCCAACUUGCCCGGCCUCGAAUUCGCGAACCACUUUUACCGAGUGGGCCUACAAUUACCACGACCCCGUCGGCCCUACGCUUGCGACACGACGCGUUACCCGACCCCGGACCAGCAGCACCACUUCCUCCAUCGUCGAGUUCAUGCUGGAUGCGCGCGUACCCGCAGGCGGCUGGAAAGGAGGAGGAGCGCAAGGGCGAGGAGGUCGUUUCGGGCAGGGUGGAGGCGCUGCUUGAAGAGACUAGGCUGUGGCGCACGGCCAACAGCGCGCAGUGGGUUGCCUGGGGGAUUGUGCAGGCCAAGGUUCCGGGGUUGGAGGGUGCUGACGGGGAGAGUGGUGCUGGGGAGGUUGAGGGCGGGGUGGAGAAGGGGGAAGCCGCUAACGGGGAGACGGAGAGCGAGGAUGAUGCGGAAGAGGAGUUCGAUUACCUCUCUUAUGCCCAGGAGCGGGCCCUCUUCUUCCUUGGGGAUUGUGUCUUGCUGGGGCUGGUCAAGGCUGAGGAGCUGGGCGAGGAGGUGCGCUCGAGGAUCAAGUUGGUGGAGUACUAG